AAUAACAUCAUCAUUUUCUCUAUGUAGAAUCGAAAUCUAUGAAGGGAUACACGGCGUACUCACAUUCGUAUGUGCUGCUCCUCCUCCUUCUCCAGCUUUACUUUGCAAACGAUCAUUUAAAAGCGAACAGCACUCCGAAAAUGAUUUUAUUCCUAUUUGAGAUUUGGUGCUGUUAGGUCGAAACGAGUAAUACAUAUUCAAAUGGACUAGAAAUUGUUGAUAAGAAAAGUCUUGUUGCUAAAAUAGUGUGAAGAAGAAAUCAACCUGAAGUGUGGAACUUAAGCCGAACAUAAUUGUGCACAACCCACCACAUCCCAAUAAAAGAAAUAAAGAAAAUCAGAACGCGAUCAACGCAACAUCAUCAAUAAUAAUGCGGCGGCAGCAAGUCUUACGAAUGAUGCUAUUGGCCUUUAUUGCCUUUAUGCUUGUGGUAGAGACACCAGCGGAAGUUACUCUGGGUGAUAUACGAGGAACAUUGCAAUCGCUUAUAUAUUCAUACAACCAACUGGAUAACAAACUCGAAAGACACGAACAUCGGGAGAGAGCCUUGGGUGAACUUAUGAAAAAGGGUAUAAUGUCCCUACAAAAGGGUCAAAAAAAUCUGGAACCUAUUAAUGGAAUAUUUUCCAGGCUGGAUGAGCGUGUUAGUCAAAUUGAGACCUUAUUAAUAGCGCAAGAAGAAAAAUAUAACAUUCAAACUGAAAAAAUGGGUGAAGCCUUGGCUCGUAUUUUCAAAUGGAUGCAAGAAAACGAUGAGUGCUACAGAAGACCCCCAGUGGCAUUAAGAGAUCCCGAAAUGACAACUGAAAAAUCCGAACUCUCAUUGGCUCCAACAUUUGUUAAAUCCCAAGAAGAAUUUAAUCGAAAAAUGACCACAGAUUUGGAUAAACUUACAAUAAAUGUUGCCAAGCUAUUAGACCUUUCGCAAAAUGUUAUGGAACAAACGGAGGUGGUAUUUAAGAGUAGUCCUGCCACUCAAGAUAUGCUAUCGAAAAUUGAGGACCAUCUAGUAAGCUAUAGUGUAGUUACACCAGCCCCACCACCACCAGCCGUCAUAGUGCAACCAGCCAAUAACACCGUAUUUGAAAAUAAAAUCGUUGGCAUGCUGCAAAAUGUGCACAGUAGCCUGACAGAGCUUAAAGAAGCACCCAAAUCUCAACAAGGUCUGUCUGUGACCGAUAAAGAUUUCAUACAGGCCUUGAACAAUGAAACAUUAACAGCUUUGGAACAUAUCAGGGCCGACCAUGUUGAGGCUAGCAAUCAAAUUAUAAGCAAAACCUCGGAGAACAUCAAAAAUACCCAAGACUUUUUGGGUGUUAAGUUUGAUAAGGUUCAAACAAAUGUUUUGGACUCUGCCAGUCUUCUGGAGAAAUUCUACAAGGAGAUGAAUCACAGCUAUACUAAAUUCAAUGAAGGCCUUGAAAUAUUCGACAAAUUCAACAAUAUCCUAAUGACCAAUUCCGAAUAUGUCUUGGACACACAAAGAAAGGUGGAAUUUGGCACAGUGCAAAUUGUGCAAAAAAUCUCGGAUCAUUUGGAGAAACAACGCGAUGCCAUUUUUGAAACACUCAAAGAACGCUUCGAUAACGUCGAUGAAAUGUUGAUUACCAAUCAGAUAGAGUCCAUGCAAAAUUUCUCAUCCCUUAUCGAAUCGGAAAUAACCCAAGUAUGGCAUCAAAUUUCCAUAAUGCAUGAGGAAAUUAUGGAUACCAAAGACAUACUCAAGGCUGUAGAUGCUCGCAAUGAGGCCUCGGUCAAUAAUACAUAUACCAGCGUCAACACCAUGGGCCUUAAAGUGGAGGAUAUUAAAAAUCGCAUGCUGGACAUGGACUCAAACUUGAAUUUCCUCUUGGGCAAAUUAUCAAUCAUUUCCCAGGAAUUCAAUAACAUUAAAUUAGGUUUAGGUGAAUCUUUGGAAGAUUUGCGCAAGACUUUUGAUGCGAUACAGGGCAAAAUCCCAGAAAUUACAGGCAUAAAUUCCAAUUUGGGAAACUAUGAAACUGAAUUGAAACUGCUACCGAAGCGCAAUGCUGCUCUGACAUAAGAAGAGAGGGCAACCAUGCAAUAAAAGUGAUUGAAAUUAAAUAAAGUUAAAUGUAUUGUAAAAUUUACUGUAGUAGUUGAUGUAGUAGCAUAAAACCAACACUAAAACAGCCGUUAGCAAUUGAAGAUUUGUGACAACAUAAAUCUGUAACUGCAGCAUUAUCGCCAGGGAUGUUCAGAUUUGAAAUAUGAUUUAAAAAAAUCAGGGUCUUAAUUUUCCAAGGUAUAUAUAAAAAUAAUACAAUUACAACUUAUAAAUCAACAGAUUAUGAGCGCCUAUGGCCUAUUGGGUCAGACAAAAUUAUUUUUUUUUAUUUAUGGCAUCUAUAAUACUCCCAUCAUUCAUUCAUGCAAGAUCUGUCUUCAAAUGUGAACAGCCCAGAAAACUCAUUUGUAAUAGCUUUUAAGUGUAACUGUACUUCUGACCAAAGAUUUUAAUAAACCUUUUCUAUUUUUGUGCCCAAAUAUUAAAAAAAAAAACUAAUAAAAUAAAAUAAAAAAAUUGGUAAA